AAUUGUGACGAUUUAAACUUAACCUUUAUUUUCCAGUGUACUUAUCUGGAAAUACUUAAUAAGCGCCUCAUUGCGUUGUAGAGUCACUCACAAAACAGAGUUCGAUUUGAAAUGGACUUUCGUGGCAAUUUGCAUCGUUUUCUCAAAUUCUAUAUCGACGGCUGGAAGUAUUUCAGAGAUCCCACAAUGGAGUGCCGUCACUCUGCGGUUUACUAUUGGAGGGAGCAGAUGAAAGCUAUGUUCUUAUAUACGACCUCAAAAGAACGUCAACUGUGCUUCCGCUCGACUUGGCACUUUUUGGUCACCAUUCAAGUGUCCAUUUGUUUUUUAACCAUGUGCUAUGGCGUUACCGAAUCGCUAGGGGACAAGGUUCAAGUAGGUCGGGAUCUGGCCUUCCUUAUAGGGGUAUUUUUUAUUGUUUUUAAACUAUACUAUUUUCAUUGGUAUGGCGAUGAACUUGACGGGGUUGUGGAAACCGUGGAGGCAUUUCAUCCUUGGGCCCAAAAAGGUCCUGGUGCAGUGGAUUAUAGAACCAGUAAACGCUGGUACCUCGUGCUGGCAUUUCUUCUAGCUUCAUCGUGGAUGGCGUUCCUGUGUAUUUUUCUAUUGCUACUUAUAACAGCACCGAUGUGGGUCCAUCAGCAGAUCCUUCCCCUCCAUGCGGCCUUUCCUUUCCAGUGGCACGAAAGGUCUAUUUACCCCACCAGCCAUGCCAUCAUCUAUUUAUUCCAGAGCUGGUCUGCCACAUAUUUUCUGAUUUGGCUUGUGUGCAUUGAGGGCCUAUCUGUGAGUAUUUACCUGGAAUUAACAUUUGCCAUCGAGGUUUUGUGCCUCGAACUGCGCCACCUUCAUCGGAGGUGCCACGGAUAUGAGCAGUUGCGAUUGGAGACGAAUCGCUUGGUCAAGUUUCACCAGAAGAUUGUUGAAAUUUUAGAUCGCACUAACAACGUUUUUCAUGGAACACUCAUAAUGCAAAUGGGGGUUAACUUUUCCUUGGUGUCCCUAUCGGUUUUGGAGGCCAUGGAGGCCCGCAAGGAUCCCAAAGUGGUGGCCCAGUUCGCCAUCCUCAUGCUGCUCGCACUGGGGCAUCUGUCCAUGUGGUCGUAUUUUGGGGACAUGUUAUCGCAGAAGUCGUUGAAAAUUUCGGAGGCGGCUUAUGAGGCUUACGAUCCCAGCAGAGGAUCCAGAGAAGUUUACAGGGACCUCUGCCUAAUAAUCAGGCGUGGCCAGCAGCCUCUGAUCAUGAGAGCCAGCCCCUUUCCGUCCUUUAAUCUAAUAAACUACAGCGCUAUACUUAACCAAUGCUAUGGAAUCCUGACAUUUUUGCUAAAGACCUUAGACUGAAUCCUAUAUCGGCGGCUGGCAGACGCAGUUCUGGCAUUUUGACCCUGUAGUCCUUUGGUAUAAGCCCACAGUCCCUUCGAUAGGCAGGAACUUUAGCGCUAAUUAAUAUUAGUCAGUAGCUUAUCAGUUGAUGUCGAG